GUGUGUGAAUAACCAGGGAGCCCCCUUUGCUUCCUGCAUUGGAAGAAGGUGGGUCCAUUAAUGAAAAUGCCGCCCCCAUCUGACAUUGUCAAAGUGGCAAUUGAGUGGCCAGGUGCUAAUGCCCAGCUGCUGGAAAUCGACCAGAAACGGCCCCUUGCAUCCAUUAUCAAGGAAGUUUGUGAUGGGUGGUCACUACCAAACCCUGAGUACUACACUCUUCGUUAUGCAGAUGGCCCCCAGCUGUACAUCACUGAACAGACCCGCAGUGACAUAAAAAAUGGGACUAUCUUGCAGCUGGCCAUCUCACCGUCCCGGGCAGCCCGCCAACUUAUGGAGAGGACACAGUCAUCUAACAUGGAGACUCGGCUGGAUGCCAUGAAGGAACUGGCCAAACUUUCUGCUGAUGUGACCUUUGCCACUGAAUUCAUCAACAUGGAGGGAAUCAUGGUGUUAACGAGACUGGUAGAGAGUGGUACCAAGCUUUUGUCCCAUUAUAGUGAGAUGCUGGCAUUUACCCUGACUGCCUUCCUGGAACUCAUGGACCAUGGUAUUGUCUCCUGGGACAUGGUUUCGAUCACCUUCAUUAAGCAGAUUGCUGGGUAUGUGAGCCAGCCCAUGGUGGAUGUGUCCAUCCUGCAGCGGUCCCUGGCCAUCCUGGAGAGCAUGGUCCUGAACAGCCAAAGCCUAUACCAGAAGAUAGCUGAGGAAAUCACUGUGGGCCAGCUCAUCUCUCACCUCCAGGUUUCUAAUCAGGAGAUCCAGACUUAUGCCAUCGCACUGAUUAAUGCACUUUUCCUGAAGGCACCUGAGGACAAGAGACAGGACAAGCUCCUUAAUCCUCUAGACCUGCCUGUUACUGAUAUGGCCAAUGCAUUUGCACAGAAGCACCUUCGGAAUAUAAUCUUGAAUCAUGUAAUUCGAGGUAAUCGACCAAUCAAAACUGAGAUGGCUCAUCAGCUCUAUGUACUUCAAGUUCUGACCUUUAACCUUCUGGAAGAAAGGAUGAUGACCAAAAUGGACCCUAAUGAUCAGGCACAAAGAGACAUCAUAUUUGAAUUAAGGCGAAUUGCAUUUGAUGCAGAGUCUGACCCUACGAGCGUCACUGGGAGUGGGACAGAGAAACGAAAAGCCAUGUACACCAAGGACUACAAGAUGCUGGGAUUCACUAACCAUAUUAACCCAGCAAUGGACUUCACCCAGACUCCUCCAGGGAUGCUGGCUCUGGAUAACAUGCUCUACUUGGCUAAAGUCCAUCAGGAUACCUAUAUUCGGAUUGUCCUGGAGAAUAGCAGUCGGGAAGACAAGCAUGAAUGUCCCUUUGGUCGAAGUGCCAUUGAGCUCACCAAAAUGCUGUGUGAAAUCCUGCAGGUUGGGGAACUGCCAAAUGAAGGACGGAAUGACUACCACCCAAUGUUCUUCACUCAUGACCGAGCAUUUGAGGAGCUCUUUGGAAUCUGCAUUCAGCUGCUGAACAAGACUUGGAAGGAGAUGAGGGCGACAGCAGAAGAUUUCAACAAGGUUAUGCAAGUAGUACGAGAGCAGAUCACCCGGGCUUUACCCUCGAAGCCUAACUCUUUAGAUCAGUUCAAGAGCAAACUUCGGAGCUUGAGUUACUCUGAGAUUCUGAGAUUGCGUCAGUCUGAGAGGAUGAGUCAGGAUGAUUUCCAGUCCCCACCGAUUGUGGAGUUAAGGGAGAAGAUCCAGCCAGAGAUCCUGGAGCUAAUUAAGCAGCAGAGGCUGAAUCGGCUCUGUGAAGGGAGCAGUUUCCGGAAAAUUGGUAACCGUAGGCGGCAAGAGCGGUUCUGGUAUUGUCGCCUGGCCCUGAACCACAAGGUUCUGCACUAUGGAGACCUAGAUGACAACCCUCAGGGAGAGGUGACCUUCGAAUCCCUGCAGGAGAAAAUUCCUGUUGCAGAUAUCAAGGCCAUUGUCACUGGAAAGGAUUGUCCUCAUAUGAAAGAAAAAAGUGCUCUCAAGCAGAACAAGGAAGUAUUGGAAUUGGCCUUCUCCAUCCUGUAUGAUCCUGAUGAGACCUUAAACUUCAUCGCUCCUAAUAAGUAUGAGUACUGUAUCUGGAUUGAUGGCCUCAGCGCCCUCCUUGGCAAAGACAUGUCUAGUGAGCUGACCAAAAGUGACCUGGACACCCUGCUGAGCAUGGAGAUGAAGCUUCGGCUGCUUGACCUGGAGAAUAUCCAGAUUCCCGAGGCCCCUCCCCCUGUCCCCAAGGAGCCCAGCAGCUAUGACUUUGUCUACCACUAUGGCUGAGUUGCUGUCCCAGGAGUGGGGAUUGGGCCCGGGAGGAAGGUGCUUAGAUGCUGGGGCCUUGUCCUUUGCUUGUAUAGAAUUCAUGCUGACUGUGGUGGCCAGGUGAACGCCACUCAUUCCUCAACCCCAUGUCUUAGACCGAAAAGCUUCCUGUUGAUGCCAGUCAGCUAAAAGUAAGGAAGUGGAGGCUUGUGCCCUCCCUUCUUUCCACUGUGGAUCAGACUCUGGGGCCUGGAAAGGGAACAUCGUGCAAAAGUUGUAACACUGGGGAGCAGACAGCAUCUCUUCUGUUCUCCAGGCGGGGCGACCCUGAGCUGGCUGGCACAGACAAUGCAUACACUUGUCCUGAGGUGGCAGCACUUAGGUGGCUGGCCCCUGUAUGACCUGGAGGUGGCCCCAUACAGCUCUCCUGUGGUGGGGGGCAAUUGGGGGCAGAGGCCCAGUGCAGAGAGAACCAUAAGAAGGACAGCCCAAAGGUGGCAGCCCAGCUGCAUUGUAUAUAUAGAGGAAAGCACCGAAUCCCAUCUCCUCUGCUGGUGAGGACUCCUUUUGUGCCCAUCUCCCCACACGGGUCCAAGUUAUUGCUGCUGUUCUUGUGGAAGUGCAACUCUAAUGUUUCUCUAAAUUCUGAAACUGCUGCAGCUCUCCUACCCAGGAAUUGGCAGGGCAGCCAGAGGUUUCAAAUGGCUCUCUGUUGGGGUUCCUUGCAGUUGAAAUGCCAUAUGGCUGCUUCCUACCUUCUCUGUCAGAAGUAGCUUUGCCUCUUAGAAGCUAGAGUCAGUGGAACAAACUAUGGUACUCUUGUUUUUUGGCUAUGGGUGAUGUUGCUUUAUUUCAUAGAACCUAAGGGCCUGAAGCAUGAAUUCCUUCUUUAGAGCAUCCCUAACGGGUAGUCAUCUAGCUUCUGCUUGCUGACUUUCAGUAGUGCAGAGCUCACUACCUCUAGAGACAGCCCCUUCCAUUUGGGAUGGCUCUUAUUGUUAAGAAGUUCUUCCUCAUUUUGGGCCUUAUUUUAUCUCUAUGUAACUUUCACCCACUGGCUCUACUUUUACCCUCUGGGGCCAUGCAGAAUAAGUUUUAUCUACAGUUCAACCCAUCAGAUAUUUGAAGGCAGCCUAAAUCUAAUUUUCCUCAUUCCUUCCUUGAGCAAAAACCAAUCCUGAUAAUCUGAAUGAAAGAACAGCCUCUUUUGGCCCCAAGAACUGUUUCCAGUUUCCUUUUGGUCUCCAGACCCCAGGAAGUUUGCCUAGCACUCCCCACACUUGGCUUUUACCUUCUGCCUUGUUUUCAGGGGAGCUGGCCCAAGUUAAAGCUGUGCAAAUGGGACUUUCCUAGCUUACCACAUAAUGUCCCUAGGCAUCACCACUUGAACACAGCUGCAUUUGGUCAUGGUAGUUUCAUGUGGUAGGUACUGAUCCAAUGAAGAUUGUACUAUAUAUUUUCUCUACUAUAGGCCAUACUUAUACAGACGUGUAUAUAUCUAUAUAUAGCUAUAUAAAUAUUUAUAUUUAUAUAAGAUCCACCUAUUCUGGGAUGGAAUGUUUUGUGAAAAAAUGAAAUUGAGAAGAGAAGAAAAACCAAGACAAGCUCUGAACUGAGAUUGUAAUGUAAGAGAACUCAGGAGGGCAGGCGAGGAACGUCCUGUCAGAAACUGUUUUCAAUAAAUACUCAUGUAUGGACUGCA